GAGGCAGACUUCUUCAAACAGCUUAGCGAGGACGUAGCGGUUGCAGAGGAGGAUACCAAAGCAGAAGCCAACGUCGUUCAUGGCUUCGGUAGCUAUAAAUCUGCUGUGGUGCCGUGGCUUCGACGAACGGGCAUCGAAGAGCACACGCGGGGCUUGAAGAAGGACGAGAUGCACACCUCUUUUACGGUGCCAAAG